CGGCUCGAGCUGCUGCUCUCAAAUCAGGUCAUCAGCAGCGCAGGAUCAGCACGAGCCACCGGCGCGCGCACACACACAGACACGCAUAUAUACAUACACACACAUGCGCAGACGCAGAUCUCUUUCCGCACGCGCACCGAUACAAUGUGUCCGGAUAAAGCGUGAUGCUGUUCUGGAGCUUCCCUAGCGAGUGUAUAAACACUGCACUCUGACUGAUGAGCUGGUAUGCUGAUUAGAGCGUUGCUCAGCCAAGCACGUCCUCCUGGGAACAGCAACAACUAAUACACCUGCCUCGAGUACCUGAACAAGCUCCACCUGGAUCUGUGUCUCUCUCCCUCGCUGUCUCUUUGCACCUCUCUCUGUCUGUCUAAGGCAGCCAUGAUCGCCUCGCUCUGGCUGGGGGGGUAACAGUGUUUAACUGGAGGAUUGGCGUGUUGGUUGCCGUGGUGAAGUGGCGCCGUUAUCUCAGCAACAGUGUCAGCAGUGUGAUGGACUCGUGAGGUGAAGAUGGCCGCAUCGUGGCUGUGUCGUCCCCAGCAGCCCCAUCAGAGUGGUUAAGGAGGAAGACGACGCUCUGGGCACAGGAGCAGCAUGCAGGAGGCUGACCUACCGGCCACUAAUGCUUUCACAGAGUGCAAGUUCCUGUGCACCAAUGGCCGCUGCCUGGACCUCAGCUCGCUGGUGUGUGACCAACUCAACCACUGUGGAGACAACAGCGAUGAAGAGAACUGCCCCAUUUCCACCCAGCACCCUUCUCCCGCCCUGUUCUACUCUGAAUUGGAGUUUGUGCAGAUAAUAAUCAUAAUUGUGGUGAUGAUGGUGAUGGUGGUGGUGAUUAUCUGUCUUCUGAACCACUACAAACUCUCAUCGUGGUCCUUGAUGAGCAGGCUGGGCCAGGCUAGGAGGCAGGAGCAUUCUCUGCAGCCGGAGGGAUGUUUUUGGCCAUCAGAUAACGGAUCCAGACAAGGAGCUUCAGAGGUGGUGUACGCUCCUCAUCCUCGUGAGCGCUUCAGCACUCCCUCGUUCCUGCAGCGAGACCGUUUUAGCCGUUUCCAGCCUACCUACCCGCUCCUGCAGCAGCACAUCGACCUGCCACCCACCAUCGCACUUUCGGAUGGAGAGGAGCCGCCGCCGUACCAGGGCCCGUGCCCACUGCAGCUGCGCAACCCCGAGCAACAGCUCGAGCUGAACCGCGAGUCAGUGCGAGCGCCACCCAACCGCACAGUCUUCGACAGCGAUCUGAUGGACAGUCACGGCCCGUGCCCACCUAGCACCAACAUGGGCGUCAGCGCCGCCAACUGGAGUGCCCACGGACGCACGGAGGGCCCUCCACCCGCCUACAGCGAGGUCAUGGGCCACUUCCCAGGCACGACGUUUUACCUUCACCAGCACAGCAAUAACCAGUCCUCCUCUGUGCCAACUGUGCCCGGUGCCAGGACGCGGCAGGGCAGCACGGAAAGCACAAUAGUCCUGAGCAAAGCCAAGGACAUGCAGAGAGGGGAGCUAGUGUAAGGUCAGCUCUCCAUACCCUCUCCUCUCCUUUUACUGGCUACGAAGGGGUGUGGUCACUCUCCGGGCACUCCCAUGCACAACAUAAAACGCGUCUGUCUUCAGUACAAAAACAAAGCCACAUUACAAGAAGGAACCAAGCAGAGCAAAGCUUACAGAGUAACAUUUUAUUGACGGACUCUCAUCAAAAGACAUAGUAAAGCUUUGUAGCGCUAUUUUGUACGUGUGUAUUACAUUCGAAUGGGAGAUGAUAUUAGCACAUAAGCUUUUUUUUUUUUUCCCCUUCUCCUUUUUGGUCAUGUGCUCUACAAAACCCCAACACAUCUGCAGGUUUAGGACUGGACUUGGAGUUUAGGAUAAGUUUUAUUAUUAUUAUUUUCCCCCCCCCAAGACCAUGAUCUGUGCACAAUUAAGAUUUUAAAAAGAAGUUGAAACAAAAAUCCAAAUCCUAGUGCCAAGGUUUUUGUGUGGGGACUGGCAUCGUAUAUUUAAAUCAAAACACACAAAAUUUGCACUAUCUUUAUUGUGGGAAAGAGAAGAGGGAAAUGCAAUGCGUGGUCUUCGUUGGUAAGGAAACUCCAAAGUUGGUGAUCUGUAGAAGCAGUAGGGUUUGUUUUCUCCUAACUUCUGCACAAGACUUACUUACAUCCAGCCUAAAAUAUCUCCUUCCCAGGUCUUGGUCCUCCUCAGCGUCUUUCAGACACUUUUACACCUCUUGAGGCCAGAUGGAUGCGAGCAAAAUGUUAUUCACUUAAUAGUGUCACUUUACAAGCAGAACUGUUCUACGGUUAUAAAAUAAUUACCUUUAUGAGUGUAGACUUGAAGGAUCUCACAAUCUGGAAGACUGUCCUCCUGUAGCAGUGUUGAUAUUGUAGUUUCUCUCUAAUAGGCUUAAACCACACAAAAGACGACGAGGGAAAGGUGUCGCGUGAGCAGAGUCGUGCUCUUAAAGUUAUCGAUUUAGGAACUGCAAUCGAGGCUCUUGUGGUAAUCCUUCAGACGUGUUGCACUCGGCCUGGGGCAAAAACCAAAACGGCGUUCGUUUAUCAUCGGAACGUUUCCUGGAUGCGAGGUGUGCAUCGUUCGGCGUGGACGGAAGCUUCUCUCGGCUUUUCCUUACUUGAAAUGGCUAAUGCUGCCCAUUCGUGUGCACUUUCACUUUCGGUCCCUUUCUCGCCACAGAUCCCCAUCUGUACAACGUUGCGAUGGAUAGUGCCAUAGUAACCAGAGUGAGCAAAAACAAGCAAGCAUGUAUAGAGCCCAUACUGCUGUGUUGUCUACCGUCUCCUAGGGUAGGUCGAAUAAUCGAGUUUAGUGACGCGGUGAAGAUAAGGGCUACAGUAAGGGUUGUUCAUUGUAAUGUCUCAUUAACCCAGCUUUCCUUCCUUCCUUCCUUCCUCCGAUUAGGUCGCCUUUUCUGCUCGUCCCUUCUUGCUCGAUUCUCAGAUGUAUAGGUACUUACUUGCGCAAGUGGUUUGUCCUGUGUUUCAGAUAGAAAAAGUGGUGAUUUUGAGAUCAACUCCUGUUUUGCGUUCGUUUAUUCACUCUGAGGCGUUUCACUCGCGCUGAACGGCAGGGCAGGUCUUCGUGUACGAUUUCAACCACGCUGCAUGAAAAAGACCCAAACUGAUCCGAACUCGGCAGCCUCUAAAGUUCCAUCGCGUGAAGCUGCACUCUUUUUUUUCUUCUGUUUUAAAAUACAAUCAUGUUCUUUUCAAUCCAUAGCAUUGUGGGUACUUGGUGAACAGAUCCAAACCAUGGUGCUACGUUUAACUUGUAGAAGUUUACAAUCUGAGCUGUUCUCUAUUCAACUUGUCCGAACGAAUUAGCGGUCAGCACUGAUGUGGUGGGAGAAAUGGGACGCAUGCAUGUAUGCAGGCUGUUGGUUCGCUGACACUUUGACUCAGUGGAAGUUAGCUAGCCAGUCAAAAGCUCGGAGCUCUUAGAUGUGUGUUUUUUUGUUUUUUUGGCCAGGAUCCAAAGGAACUUUUGCCUUGUAGUGCGGAACACAUCCCUUUAAUAUCAGCGCUAAAGACUGAGAACCACCUUUUCUCGCCCUUUUUCUUCCAUUGAGGGCAUUGAACAUGGACAAACAUGGUUCGUUUGAAACGUCCAUUCUGUUUGUUUUUCCGUUGAAAACGAUUUCACUGACACAUGCUUAUUAACUGCCCUUUUGUUCAACAUUGUCAGUAGAUUUUGAGUGUGUCUGCCCCUUAAAUCAGUGUGUUUGGCUGUCCUGUAGUGUGUGUGUGUGUGUGAGAGAGAAAGUUUAUUCAUGAAGACGAUGUGACCUGUAGGCUAGUUUGUCCAGCUAGAUUACGAAGCCUGCUUUCUCAAUCUGGUUCAUGACCUCAAGCCUUAACUGCCUAGAAGUACACUUGAAAGACAAUGAGAUGUUUUAGUGGACACUGACUAGACAGAGUCCCAAAUUAGUGUCCUCAAGUGCGCAGGGGUGUGUGUGUGUGUAGAGAAAGCCAGCUCAUUUAGUAUGCAUGUUCAGGGCUGGUUCCCUGAUCAUAUAUUGAGGAUGUACAUACACUAGUUUCCUCUGAAUCUUGUGUGUGUGUGUGUGUGUGUUUUUUAGUCCAGGACUAGGUCUGAUUAGUGUCUGUCAGUGUUUGGAAGGAUGUGAAGGAUUUCUGUUAUUAAGCUUUUACACGACGAACAGAGCCACUAUCUGCACACUUCCUUCACCAGGCAGUGUUUUGGGCACAAAUUAAAACUAGCCAAGGAUCAAAUGAGUAAACGCGGUUCGGUCGAUUUUACUUCCAGUCUAGGUUUAAUCUGUACCUGGAGACCUGAACCGCCACAAAAGACCACAAAUCUUCAACUUUUUGUUUGGUUUUUUUUUUCUUCUACUGCAAUGCGAGCAUUUAGCAAGGGCUUCUGCCAGCGACCCCACGCAUCACGUUCCUAUCUUAUCUCCAAUAGGUUGAGUUGGACUCAGCAAGUAGCGCCACCGCUUGCGGAAAGACUGAACGAUGUUUCUCUCUGCAUUAUGGUCCGAUGUUUUCUCCCUUCAUUUUACUCUUCCAAAGCGCUCUCGGAGUUUAUCCUUCAUCUGUGCUGUUUAAUGCUGCUGCUAUCGCUGCUGCUAUCGCUGCUGCUUUCGCCAAUCGAUUGCAGUCUGGCCUACGCUUGUUGGCUCGACCCUUUUCUCAUAUAAUGACCGUCAUUUCACCGUCUCCGCUCGGCUUUUCCCGCCUCGCUUUGUCCGUCGUCCUCGCUACAAACAAGUGCUCGUUUUUGUUGUCCGUGGAAUGAGGCGUUUUUGCAUGUGCGUAUGAUGUGAGCUAACUCGGUGCCUAAUGUUCACGUUUUGAGCAGACGUAGGAACCCACUUGCACUCUUUAAGCUCCCACCUUUGGUGUGCCUCACUUCCAACGGUGCUUUUUAUUUCUCUGGUCUGUCUGUCUUUCUUUUUCUGUCUAAUUGUUUUUUGUUUUUUCCUUUUGUAAGGUGCUGUAAAUAACUUGAAUAUGUUAUGCACACAUAUCCUACCCAAUGGGUAGAAACCACAAAAGAUAUUGUUAAUAGUGUAAUAUAAUGUAUAGAUGGUAUGAAAAUUUAACACAGUGGUAUCAGGUUUGUAAAUGCCUACAGUCGAAAUGUGCUUUUGUCUCUUUUUUUUUUUGUAAACGAGGAGGUUUGCAAACAAUACUUAAAUAUGAAUUACAGAAUGAUUACAAAGUACUACUUAUUUUUCUUAUGGAUAAUAACAAUAUUAACAGUAUGAAUGGCAGUUCUAGGACAAGAGUUGCUUGAAAUAGAAUAUUUUUUUUUUAAUCCUACCCCAAAUAACAGAACUUGUAUCACUUGCAGUUUAACGGUAAAAUUGGCGUACCAGUGCAAAUCAGUUUACGUUUUACCGUAACAUUUUCACAUUUACCGUACCACAAACAUUUUCAGCCACAACCUGAUGGAGGCGCUGAACCUAGCGAGCAAACCGUAACAUUUAUUUGUUUGGGGUUUUUUUUUUUUUUGAAUCACGUUUACAAAAUGGAUUUGGUUCCAUACGAUCAUUUGGCAACCAGAGGAAGUUCUUAACUAGAUCACGUUCAGAAAGUGACAACACGUCAUGAAAAAGGCGUCAUGACGUCGUUGACCUCUAAAAUGAAAUGUCGGCUUCUUUCCAAUUCACCAAUACAACACAACUAGAAUGUAAUAGAAUAAAAUCAAACAAGCCCCUACGCUCCCCAUGUUGAACUGGUGAUUUCGGACGUAGACAUGCUUGACCUUGCACGCAGGCAAGUUUCAUCAAGGAGCAGUUUACCGACCGUACAGAAAUGGUCGAGACCUUGCUGUUGGUAUGUCUCCGUAUUGCAUAAAACCCAUCAAUCACUGUCCAGACUUUGUUUAGAAAGUGCAUAUAUUCUAUAUUAUUUGAGGUACAUUGUAACCACAUAAUAGCCAGUCUUAAAUGUUCAUGCAAUGCUAUGCUUCCAGCCUUUUAAUAUAAAUCUAUCCAGACAGCGACGACACUGACACUUCUACCAUUCUUAUUUCUUACUUAUUUAUUUCACACGUUUUGUGUACAUGGUAUGUCGGAACAAAAUGGGGAUGACUUUUUUUUUUUCUUUGUUUUCCCAUUACAAUUCUGCUGGGUGUCCACUGUAACUGUUGAGCAUGUCCGCAUCGAUGGAACUGAAGAUAAUGUACAUAGCAACGCCAUUUCAUUUCUCCAGUGCUCCAUGGCAGGUAGCCUUGAGAGGUUUGUGGUGUGACGUAAAACCGCAGAAGCUGUAUCCUUAGGAGCGCCGACUGAACCUGGAAACUUGCGCCUCGGUUUGUUUUUCCUCAAAGCAUCAGAUGCUUGUGCACACCACUGCUAACCGUAGCUUUUUUAGCAUUAUUGGUCAAUACUGGACUGCUUCCGUCAUGGACUUUGUAUCAUUUUUAGUUUUUAUUUACAAAAAUUGUACCCCAGCAUUUUGUGUGUAUGCGCAUAGGUGUGUACUUGUAUUUCUGCAUACACGUACAUGCAUAUGUUUAUAUACACGUUAAAUAUGUGUAUUUUGCCUCUUUUUAUUUAAGCAAUUGUGAUGUACUAGGUUCUAGGCCUAAGGUCUGUUAUUGCAAUACUUUUUCAGAAAAAAAGUUCAAAAUAGUCAAAAAACGUUGCUCUACAUGCUGUUGUAGUCAAAGAUUUUAUGCUUGUACUGCUGUGGUCAAACUGCAGCGAAACCAUUAAAACGUAAAAAUA